AUGGGACCGCAGGGGCAUCGGAGAGGGCUUAAAGCCCCGAAGAAAGAAUUUCAGAGGCCUAGAGUGCUCAAACGCAAAAGAGAAGAGGAAGACCUUAAAGCUCUCGCUCAGAGAGUUGCCAGCUUCGACGCCAAAUCUUCGGCUCCGCCAGAGACCUUUGUUGACCUCCCGCUGUGUCAAGCAACGCAAGAUGGGCUUGCAGCUUCACACUUCAAAACCUUGACUACCAUCCAGAAGAGCACGAUCCCGCUAGCAUUGCAGGGUGCGGAUAUCCUGGGCGCCGCAAAGACCGGUUCGGGCAAGACACUGGCAUUUCUGGUCCCUGUUCUAGAGAACUUGUACCGCAAAAGAUGGACGGACUACGAUGGCUUGGGGGCACUCAUACUCUCCCCCACUCGAGAACUAGCCAUCCAGAUCUUCGAGGUUCUGCGGAAAAUCGGACGCAACCAUACCUUCUCUGCUGGCUUGAUCAUUGGUGGGAAGAAUCUACAAGAUGAGAGAGAACGACUCGGACGUAUGAACAUUCUGGUUGCCACACCGGGAAGAAUGCUACAGCAUAUGGAUCAGACGGCGGAGUUUGACAUCGGAAAUCUGCAGAUGCUGGUGUUGGACGAGGCGGACAGAAUUAUGGACAUGGGGUUCAAGCAGACCAUUGACGCCCUGCUCGAGCACCUCCCACCGAACAGGCAGACUCUCAUGUUCAGCGCCACUCAGACCAAGAAAGUCUCCGAUCUUGCAAGAUUGAAUUUGAAAGAGCCGGAAUUCGUCUCCGUUCACGAAGCAGCCGACAGCGCCACGCCAUCCUCACUGCAGCAGAACUAUGUGGUCACUCCGCUGCCAGAAAAGCUCGAUACCUUAUGGUCCUUCAUUCGCGCAAAUGUCAAAAAGAAAAUCCUGGUCUUCCUCAGUAGUGGUAAGCAGGUCCGCUUUGUGUACGAAGCCUUUCGGCACCUGCAGCCCGGUGUUCCUUUGCUUCACCUCCAUGGUCGACAAAAACAGACAGCACGGGUGGAGAUCACCACGAAAUACGCAAACAGCAAAUACGUCUGCUUGUUCUCGACAGAUGUGGCUGCCCGAGGAUUGGACUUCCCUGCUGUAGACUGGGUCGUGCAAGUCGACUGUCCAGAAGACGCUGACACAUAUAUUCACCGCGUGGGACGAACAGCACGGUUCGACCACGAUGGCCGGGCUGUGUUAUUCCUUGACCCAAGCGAAGAAGAAGGCAUGUUGAACGCGCUCGAGAAAAAGAAAGUCAGCCUCGAGAAGAUCAACGUGCGUCAGAAGAAAAUGCAACAGACUAUCCGGAAUCAAUUGCAAAACAUGUGUUUCAAAGACCCUGAAUUGAAGUACUUGGGACAGAAAGCCUUCGUAAGCUAUGUGCGUAGUGUACAUAUCCAGAAGGACAAGGAGACGUUCAAUCUGAAAAGGCUCGAUCUGGAGGCUUUUGCGGCGAGCCUGGGCCUUCCUGGCGCACCUCGCGUAAGAUUCGUCAAAGGAGAGGACGCGAAAGCGAGGAAGAACGCCCCGAGACAACUCCUGGCGGCGCUAGAGCCGAGCAGCGACGAGAGUGGUGCCGAAGGGGAGCCACGAUCCAAACAAAAACAACGGAACAGUGGAGUCAGGACGAAGUAUGAUCGCAUGUUCGAACGGCGUAACCAGGAUGUCCUGGCAGAGCACUACACGAAAUUGAUUGAAGACGACGAGGAGGAUAAUGAUAACGAAGCAGCAGUCAAUGCUACCGCGCCCAAUGACGACGUGGACGAUUUUCUCUCGGUAAAACGGCGCUUCGAAGCCGGCGACUCAGGUCUCGAUCAGGACAGUGGUACCGACUCGACCUCGUCAAGAAAUGCCCCUUCAAUGAAAAAGACGAAACCAAAACCAAACUCUAAUUCUUCCCUCGAACCGAAGAGCAUCCAGCUCUCCUCCAACCCAGACGCCCCGACCCUAACAAUCGACUCGCACCGACGCGAGAAGCUCCUGGCCUCGAAGAAGAAACUCCUCAAAUACCGUGGGAGAGGAUCUCACCUGACUUUCGACUCUGACAGCGACACGCCCAAGGACAAGAAAGCGUACAAGGACGAGGCCGAGUUCACGGCGGCAGAGGAGGAGAGAAGGGCAUUUUUGGAGAGAGAGACCGAGAGGGCGAGAGAGGCUGAUGUCGUGGACAAGGAGAUUGCGCGCGGCAAGAGGAGGGAGAAGAAGGAGAAAAGAAAGGAGAGGGAAAGACAGCUGCGAGGUAAUAACAAUAGUGGGGAAGGGAAUGUCGGCGACGACGAAGACGAAGACGGAGGAGGAUACGGUGUCCAACUCGUCCCAUACGAGGAUGAAUUCGACGACAAAGCCGAAGAUGAUGCGCCUCUGGGAAAGAAACACCACCACCACCACCAUGACAGUGACGCUGAUGACGACCACGAACCAUCCCCGCCAUCCCAACCCAAACCCAAGCGCCAGAAGAAAUGGUUCGAAGACGAUGACCACGACGACGACACGAAGAACAACAACAAGCCGAAGGGGAAGAAGGAGAAGGUAGCAGCGCAGACACAGGAGGACCUGGAGGCUUUGGCCGCUGGUCUUCUCGCGACUGGCUAG